GCUGUUUAUUUCAACGUUAGUGGGCAGGACUAGCCUGUAGUAGCCGCCAUUUUGAGAUCUGGAACCGACUGCCCAUUUUCGGAGAAAUUGAUUGGGAUUGUUGGCCUAUCGGGGCUGAAUAUCUUCCUCAUACUUUGUCCGUUUUUCAGUCAGUUUCACGAUGUCGAAUGAGGACGAAACGAAAAAAGAGCAGCUGGUACAGCGUGCCAAGCUUGCCGAGCAAGCAGAGCGGUACGAUGACAUGGCGGCAGCCAUGAAAAGUGUGACAGAACUUCUAGAUGUAGAAUCGCCAAGCGCGUCCGGUCUGACGAACGAAGAGCGGAACCUGCUGUCUGUUGCUUACAAGAAUGUCGUGGGUGCUCGGCGUUCGUCCUGGAGGGUCAUCAGUAGCAUCGAGCAGAAGUCCGAGGGCAAUGAAAAGAAGCAACAAAUGGCAAAGGAUUAUCGUAGCAAGAUCGAGCGCGAAUUAAACGAAAUCUGUCACGAUGUUCUGGUGAGUGGCUUUGGGGUGAACCUGCUUUGGCAUGCAGUCACCUGUGUACGUAGCCUUCAUGUACAUGUACAAUGUACAACAAGGGUGAUGUACACACCCACUUCAUGCACUUGCCAGUUGCACAUGGCUGAUAAGGUUGCCAGCGGUCAACUCAUCCUGGGCAAAAUCUAUCUAGGGCCUAUGCCUACUCGUCUCCGAAAACACUUAAUGUUAGGCCCAGGCCAUUGUCGAUGUCAGGCUUGCCAACUUGAGCAUGUUGUGCUUGACUUUUUAACAUUUUGAACAAGUGGCAUGCUG